GGAAGGCAGAGGCAGAGAAACAAUGAUCGGGCUGGUCGUCUCUCUGGUAACUUCCAUUCUUGACAGCACAACACGGCCGUGGCGGAAGAUCUUUUGGUUCUCGCUCCAUCUCUACUUUACGGCAUGGAGCAUUUUCCUCACCCUUGUGGUGGGGAUUAUCACCUCUCCCUUUCGGUUUUUGAACGCCGCAAGGAGGGAGAAGCUACUUGAGGCGCAGCUUCGAGAGCUACAGCAGCACUAUGAGGAAGUGAGCGAGAAGAAAGGCGACUUGGAGAGGAGGCUGGAAGUCACUGCAAGGGACCGGAAGCGUAUCAAGGAGUCGCUUGAUCAGGCUGUAGGCGAGUGGGAGAAAUCCAUAGACCGGCUCAAGCUGCUCAAGGCCCGGGUCCAGGAACUAGAGUCUCAAAACGUGAAGCUGAGAGAGCUGGAGGAGGAGAGGAAGUCCAAAGCGAGGGCCAGGUUUUCUACAAAGGAUCACCACCACCAUCACCAGCAGCAGCAGCAACACACGCAGCAUCAAAACCAGCAAAACUCUAGUAAGCCAAGUGGAGUUUUUGAUGACAGCAUGAUCAUGGAGGGGAGGGGUGUGGCGUUGGGAUCCAGCAUUUUCAGUGCCGUGCUUUCUUUGCUCGUGGGUUUCAUUGCAUGGGAGGCCGAGGACCCGUGUAUGCCUCUGGUGGUUGCCUUGUUCAUGGUGGUUGGCAUGUCCCUCUCUAACGUCUUUCAAUUCUUCUCCAAAUUGCAAUCCAGGUUCGGCUUUGAUGCCGUCGCCUUGCUCAGCUUCAACUGGUUCAUGCUAGGUACUCUAGCGUUCCCUGCAUUUCCUUUCUUCGCGAAGUUCUUCUCACUCUUGUUAGGUCCCCUUGUCUUGUGGGUCGCGAGCUGGUUUGGCUAUUAGGAGAGGAAGUCUCAUUGUGAGUUUUUUCUCUUUUUUUUCUCUCGGGUUGCAUGCUCUUUUCUUCUCGUUUUUUCUCUCUCUCGAGUCGUAAUGCUCUUCUCGUUUUUUUCUCUCGUUAAGUUGGUCUCCGUGUAUGUGUAUAUGCCGUAUAGUAAUCGUUUAUGUAGGACUUAAAAGAGUGGUUUUUCUUUUUCGUCUUUGGUUUCCAAGGUUCUCGGAAGACUGUUCUUGUGAGUGUUUCCAAGGUUCUCGGAUGCCUAUACAAGUUUCCAAGGUUCUCGGAAGAUACUGUUCUUGCGAGUGAGGUGAACUUUGUAGAACUCUUUUACUCUUGUAAUUUACAGGAUUCUCACA